AGGAGGAUCGCUACAAGACCGCGUUUAAGAUGCGAUAUGGGCAUUUCGAAUGGCUGGUCAUGCCAUUUGGCCUUACGAAUGCCCCAGCCACUUUCCAAGCGGCUAUGACAAUGGAGUUCCGACAUAUGCUGGAUCGUUACGUACUUAUCUACCUCGACGACAUCUUGGUGUACACCCGGAGUUUGGAGGAGCAUGGGAACAUUUGCGCACCGUUUUGGAGUGGCUACGACAAGCCAAGUACAAAGCCAACCGUGACAAGUGCGAAUUCGCACGGCAGGAGCAGGAGUACUUGGGACACUAUGUGACGCCGCAAGGCAUCCGUCCGCUUGCGGACAAGAUCGAGGCCCUGCGAGUAUGGCCCGAGCCCACCAACACCACGGACGUUCGUUCAUUCAUGGGGUUGGCGGGCUACUAUCAGCGAUUCAUCACCGGAUACUCCAGGAUUGCUGCACCUAGGGCGAGGUUACAGUCGCCAAAGGUGCCAUUCGUAUUCGAUGACGACACACGCUGGUCAUUCCAAGCACUCAAGACGGCCAUGCUCAUGGCACCCGUCCUUAGCAUCUAUGACCCCACCCUGCCGACGCGAGUGACUACGGACGCUUCCGGCUAUGGCAUUGGGGCAGUCUUGGAACAGCACGAUGACGACGACUGGCACCCUGUGGAGUAUUUCAGCCACAAAGUGCCUCCCAUCAACUUGCUUGAUGAUGCAAGGAAGAAGGAGCUGCUCGCAUUCGUCAUGGUUCUCAAGCGAUGGCGGUACUUCCUCCUUGGGCGUCGUAGGUUCACAUGGGUUACGGACAACAAUCCAUUGACCUACUACAAGACGCAGGAUACGGUGAGCACCACGAUCGGACGAUGGAUGUACUUCAUCGACCAGUUUGACUUCAAACCAAAACAUAUUCCCGGCCUCUCAAAUCGCGCAGCAGAUGCACUCUCGCAAAGACCUGAUCUUUGCGCUAUGACACAUCAUUCCUUCGCAUUCGACGAGGAGCUUCAACGACACUUCAUCCGGGCAUAUGAGUCUGAUCCGGACUUCGCCACGCUGUAUGCACAACUAUCUUCGGAUCACCCGCCGGCCAGCCACUAUCGCAUUGCCGACGGGUACUUGCUCCUCCACUCGAGAGGCAASGACUUACUAUGUGUCCCACGCGACCGCCGUCUUCGGACUCGCCUCCUCGRCGAGUAUCRUGAUUCACGACUCGCCGGCCAUUUCGGAGUCAACCGCACUAUUGCACGGCUUCGACAGCGAUUCCGAUGGCCCGAUCUCAUUACCGAUGUCACUCGGUAUUGCGACUCUUGCGAAGUUUGCCGACGCAGCAAGCCCCGCAACCGCAAUCCCUACGACGAGUUACGCCCGAUGCCUAUCCCACGGGAACCCGGGCUCUCCAUUGCCAUGGACGUCACCUGUCCAUUCCCUCGCGAGCGGCUCGGGCACGACUGCAUCCUAACGGUUGUGGACCGAUUGAGUAAGUACGCACGGUUUCUUCCUCGCAAGUACUACUCCACGGCUCCCGAGUUGGCAUGCCUCCUGCACACCGGUUGGAUUUGUAGCCACGGUGUACCAGAAGACAUAGUCGGCGACCGCGACACUCGCUUCAUGUCGGCAUUUUGGACUGCUCUCAUGCAGAAGUCCGGCACGAAGAUGAAGCCAAGUUCGGCUCGGCACCCACAGACAGACGGGCAGACGGAGCGGGCACAUCAAACCGCUCAAAUGAUGCUUCGUACGCUCAUCCGUCCGGACCAGAAAGAUUGGGUUGACCGCCUCCCCGACAUCGAGUUCGCCUACAAUACUUCGGUGCAUCCGGCGAUCGGCAUGACUCCAUUCGAGUUGCACCACGGUGGACGGAAAGGCCGGAUCUUCGCUGACCUUCUCUUCCCUCGACCAGCUGACAUUGACGCUGCCUGCUCUCCCGCUUUCGUCCGGAAGUACAGGGAAUUGCUGACUCAAGCCCGCGCGAACAUGCAAAAGGCUCAUGUCCGCAUGCAACAGCAAGCCAACAGGUGUCGCGUACCAUGUCCCAUCUGCGCCAGUGAUUUGGUUUGGGUCUCCGUGGAAGAGUUUGCACUGGAACAGGAUGUUUCACGCAAACUGCUUCCCAAGUGGUUUGGACCUUGGUCUGUGACAGCAGCCGUGGGCGAUGAGCCUGAUGGCCCUUCAUUUGUGAUCAACAUUCCCGAGCAUCUAACGGUCCAUUCAGUAUUUCACACCUCGAAGCUGGCAACAUAUACACCAGCUAAGAGCGACAACUUCCCGGGCCGACGAUCGCAGGACCCUCCUAUGGAUGGUCAUCAGGAGGUUGACCGCGUCAUCUCGAAAUGCAAGUACGGCAGCAAGCCGCGACAGUACAAAGUUACAUUCGGAGCAUGCGAUCCCGACGACACUCGGUGGAUUUCAGGAGCAGAUUUGAAAGCAUCUGCACUGUUGAUCUACACUCACUAUGAACGUCAAAGGUUAGCCAAGGGACCCCCACGACCUGCCCCUCCCACCCGGACUGUGGUUCCUCCCUCACACAGACAGCUUUGCCCUUACAGGUAAGCUCGGUCUUUCAAGGAGGGGGGGGGGUGGCAUACUGCAUAGCCACACAGGCCCUGCAGGGCCCGUCCCGCACUUUCAGCCUA